CAAAUUCUAAGCCUUGUUUCACAACCACUUGCGCCUAAUCUCAUUUUUCACCUCAAAAACUUUUUAUUUUUUUAUUUUUUCAUUUUCCUUUGUCUCCAUAGCUCUUCUUGGCCCUUGCUCUAAGUAGGCUGAUAUCGAGGCAGCAUAUGUCUCACGAUAAGUGUACAUAAUAUAAUUAACAUCUAAUUAUAGGAUUAUGAUGGCUAAUUUACAAGCUAAUCAUCAAAUAAUCAGCAUUUAUAGAAAACUCUCCAAUUUUGGUGAGUUAAAGUUACAUCCAAUUGUAAUUACAACAUCAUUAGUUCUACAAAAACAAAAGUCUUUUAGGAAUGGGUUGUUUAAAGUAGCAUGUAGUAGUAUUACUGAUAACAGUAGCAGCAGCAGCGGCGGCGGCGGCAGUGCUCUGGUGCAGCAGAGUCCACCUAUCACAGAUGAGGAACUGGGGAUGAUGAUUGAUCAGACGGCUGGUAGAAAUGAUGAUAAUAUGGGGAUUGAGUAUUUGGUGAGGGAGUAUGGAUGGAAGGUAAGGAGGAUGGCAGAGGAUAAAAGUGAGAUGAGGAAGGUGGCUCAUAUUCAAGCAGAGGCUUUUCAUGAUCCUUCUCCUUUCUUUGAUGAUUGGUUCUUUAACUUCUUCAAGGCGGAAGUACUUGCUGGACUUCUCUAUAGAUUACGCAACUCGCCUCCAGACAGGUAUGCAUGUCUGGUGGCAGAGCCUGCAAAGGAGUAUGAUAUGGAUGCCUCAAUGGAUUCUCAGGCACAACACGAACAACAUCAACUUGUUGGCGUUGUUGAUAUCACCGUAUUAAGAGACAGUGAUGUUAUGCAACACCUUCAAGGAGCUCCGGAGUAUCUCUAUGUUUCUGGAAUCGCCGUUUCCAACAACUUCAGGAGACAGAAAGUAGCAAGUGUGCUGCUGCAAGCCUGUGAGGUAACAGCAGUGUUAUGGGGGCAUGAGUAUCUAGUGCUAAGAGCAUACGAGGAUGAUUGGGGUGCGCGUACAUUGUACACCAAUGCUGGCUAUAAACUAGUAUCUACAGACCCUUUUUAUGUUACUUGGAUUGGGAGAAAACGUCGAAUCCUCAUGAUCAAAAGAUGCUGCUAGCUAGCACCAUUCAUUCUAUGCUUGUGUUUUGCAGGGAAUGGAUUGUCGGAUUGAUGGAUGAUGUUGUUGGGAAAGGAAGAAAAACAGUGUUCUGUAUUCAUUUGGAGCAGAGUUGGCUUAUACCCCAAAUGGAAAUUGAAAUUACAUGUAGAUAAACUUGGUUCCCCUUAUCAAUUUGCAUUCAUUAGGAAACUUAUAAGGCUUAUUAUGAUGUACGGAGUACUUAGCCUAAGGUGUUGUAUAGGGCUAGUUUGGUUUUCUAGGAAGUGAAGAGCAAAGUAGUUAUUUGGUUGA